AUGGCCUCAAUAACUUUCUUGGUUUCGAUUAUUAUCGCGGUGGCCAUUGCCCCGACUAUGGCCGUUGAUUAUAUGGUCGGAGAUGACGCUGGUUGGAAAGUCGGCGUAAAUUAUACCCAAUGGGCCGCUGGAAAAGAUUUCCGCGUUGGAGACACUCUCAUGUUCAUGUACACAGAAGGAAAGCACAACGUCUACAAGGUUAACGGAUCCGACUUCCAAAAUUGCAACCCCUCGACCUCCUUAGGGGGGCCUCUUACAAGCGGAAAAGACUCUAUUACCCUCGCAAAACCCGGAAAAAAAUGGUACAUCUGUGGCGUGGCAGACCAUUGCUCGAAGGGGAUGAAGCUCGUCAUUACGGUUUCCGAUGCCUCGGCACCGGCCCCGGCCCCCAUCCCCGGAACACCGGCCCCCGGGACUUCGUCUGCCGACAAGAUUGCGCGAUCUUUUAUGUGGAUUGUGGCCGGCGCCAUUGCCUAUUCGAUGCUUUUGGCUUGA